AAAUAGUACGCAAAUUUGGUAAAAAUUGAUACGAGUACAUAUAGACAAACUUUUAAGCAAGACAAAUCGACAGACGGGAUGUGAAGUUAUCAGUAUGGGUCGCACCCACCCUCUUUUUAAUACUGCUUUAAUACCAUCUUCACCCGGUUUUGAAGUUAUCUAUCCUUUUCCUGGACAUCCUUUAUAUUGGCAUUCUGAUAAAAUAAGCACUUCUAAAAUUUCAAAUCUAUUGAUCAACUAAAAACUAUACGAAAACAAUCAUAACAAGUUAUACUUUCUAAACCAUGAUAGAAUUGCUUACCUUAAUAUUUGAGUCUGUUUUUGAAUCUUUUUCUAUUGUCGAUCAUAAACAGUCUGUUAUUUUGUGUAAAAUUAUUAUAAAAACAAUAAACAAAAAACCAGUACAAAAUAAAAACACUCAGGUAAAAAGAAAGUGCAUCCCAUGAAUGCCAAAGUUAGAUUUUGAAAAGAACAAAUUCAAUUUAAAGUUUCCUGGUAUUUUUAUUUUAUUUUUUUGUUUUGCUUCAACGAUAAAAUAGCAGUAACCAUACAGUAAGAGAGAGAGUCCAAGAGAAAGUCAAGACUAAGCUGAAACAGAAAGUUCCUUCCCUAUCCCUACCCCUACUACUAUACAAUAUAUUAUAGCCUAGGGCAAGGGUCUGUUGUGAGUUGGGUGGUGCGUUAUGUUGAGCUACAAGUACAAACCUAUAGUCAUAGUCAAUUUUGUUCACAAACUCUGUAUGGAUUCUUUCUCAGAAAUCGUUUUGAGUUAAAAACUCUAUAACUCCCUGUUGAAAAAUGCAAUCAAAUCAAAGUAAAAUUAUAAAAAAGAGAAGAAAAAAAUGUUUAAAAAACUUUAUAGAUGCUUUGCAUGAAUUCAAGUUAACUGCAAUAAAAAAAGUGUAUUUUUCGUCCUUUUUGCUUUAUUUUUUAACCGACCACAUUUUUCACCGACCAAGUCCAGCUCGAGAUUCCAGUCCCAAGGACAACCACUCUCGUCCUAUAUAAAGUUAAUCUAGUUUAUGUUUUGAGUGUUUUCUCUUUUUCAUUUUUGUUAUUUUAUGUUUGUCCUGUUCAAUAUUGCAGGUGAUGAAUUCUUCAUCAAGUGUAAGUUAAUUUAAAGGAAAUUAAAAAAAACCUUUCAAUUCAGUUUUGUAAAUAUUACACAAAUAAUAAACACAUAAAUAAAUCAAUGCAACAAUGACCCGGUUCAAAAUAAAAAAUCAAAAAAUACUAACAUGCUGCCUUAUAUGGGUGGCACUGUUUGGGGCACAUUUAAUACGCUGCAGUGAAUUUCCCGAACGCGAAUGUUGUGAUUUGACAACAACGUCGACAGUCGGACCGCUGCCAUUGCCGCCGGCAAUGCCUACGGAGAAAUCCGUGGCUACAUCAUCAGUGCAGACAAUAUCUGUGGGACGAUCUGGUUCCAACAUUAAAGCAGCAAUUGCAAUUUUAAAUUGCAUAUUAGCACGUCAAUUAUGCUUCGAAGAUCCAUCCUGUUCAGCAAUUUUAGAGAUUAUACCCAGAGUUUGUGGACCCAUUCCAGUUUCGUGUAGCACAGUGACGGUAACGAAAUGCCAAGCUGCAUUAAGAACACUCCAGGCAUUUCAGUUCUUUCGUCCAACAUGCCUCUGCAAGGAGCCAGGAGUUGAUCCCGAUUGUAAUCAUUUCCGAGAUUUUCUGUUUGAUCAUCCGUGUGGCUUUGUCCUUAAGAAAGCAGAAAAGGAUCCAUAUCCGAUAGAUGCACUGCCAACGUGCAACCAUGCAUUAUCCGUGUGCCAACAGGAAAGGAAAUGUUUGAAACUCUUCGAGGACUUUAAGGUGCACUGUAAAGUGAGAGACAAUAAAUGCAGGAUGGAUGACAGAGAGGCCUGCCACGAUUCAUGGACGAACUUACGCCUAUCACCAAUGUUUGGUUGCAUCUGUCCGAAUAAUCAUAUGAAAAAGCGCUGUGAUCGAAUUUUUAAUAUAGUAAAUCACAACCCUUGUGUCGACAUAAUUUUUUAUUCCUACAGCGGCCUUGGCCCACCCCACCUAACCCACCAACGGACAUCUUCCUCGGAAACCUCGAACAGUGUUUACCUGGCUGAAGAGGAGGAGAAUCUAAUUACGGCGGAAAUAUUCUCACUAUAUCCACAUUUUCUAUUCCCACCAUCGUCUGGGAUGAACCGAAAGAUACCCUUAGCCUUGGCCUCUCAUAGUCCUGCAACUAAUGAUGACUCAGAUGAGCGUAAUGAGGGAAUUGUUGCUCCUGAUUCUGGUAGCCAUCGCAGGAGGGGUGAUGUUGACGAUGGCGGCGGCGGCGGUGGUGGUGAUGGUGAUGAAACGUACGAUGGUACGGCUGAUGAGGCAGAUGAUGUUAUAAGACGACGCUUGGGAAUUGUUGUUGGCGUUGGUGCUACUGACAAUAAUGAUGAUGAUGGUGAUGCCAAUGCCGGCACCGGCACUGACACCGACAACGGCGGCGGCGAUGAUCCUGAAGCACCUGAUUAUAUUCAUGUAAUUAAACCACUAGAACAUGAAAGUGAUGAGCACUAUUUUCAAAGUAGGAAGCAUAAAAAUUCAUCAUUAUUGAAUGUAUAUCAUAGACAUCAAAGUGGAACCGGAAAUGGUUUCUAUGCCAAUACAAUGGACGAACGUGUCAGAAUAAUGGGAAUGGAUGAAAGCUAUCAUCAGAGGGUAUUUGAGGAUAAUAUGGCUCUCAUCGAUACACCACUUAUAGCCCCCAUAAAUACACAUUAUACAAAUCAACAUCACGGUGUCAUCACAUAUCCAUUUAAUGUGAGUGAUUUCCAACGCAGUACCUCACCAACAGCAACCGGAGAUGUUAGCAUCAUAGAUGGCAGCACUAGUUCUUAUCAAAGUGGCCAGGACGUUGAAGCGGACCUCUCAUCGGAAAUAAUUAAGCAACAUUUUCAGAGUACCUGUCACACGGCAUUGGAUACAUGCAGGGAGGAUCCGUCCUGCUCGACAUCCCUGCAGCCUAUGCUAAUGCAUUGUGAAAUGCAUCGAUGUAAUCGGAAUGCGUGCAUGAAUUCACUACAAGCCUUCUAUAAGGGUCCGCACGAGGACCUAAAUCUGGAUAUUGCUUUUUGCCUCUGCAAGAAAACAACGAAUCGCCACGAUAUGUGCAUGAUUGCCCAGGAAAAGCUUCAUCCAGUGUGUGCCCAAAGACCACCCGAUAGUAUAAAUCUGCAAAAUUCAAAUGGAAUAUUUUACCAUCCACCGCCAGCAUGUCACGUUGUGGCUGAUUUAUGCAAAGAGGAUCGAGAAUGCAGAAUAAAACUUGAAUACUACGAACAGGCAUGUGCAGUGGACAGCGUUACGAAAAAAUGUGCUGGUCGACCGAGUGGCUGUCGGCAAGCGAUGCUUGGUAUUUUGGGUACUUCCCUGCGAACAACGUGUGCCUGUCAGGGCACAGACUCCCAAUACCUCUACCAAUGUGUAGGCUGGCGAAGGCUUCUCUGGAUGAAUCCGUGUGUCGUUGAAGCCCAAAAGGAUUUUCAUAUGAAGCGGUUGGCUGAAUUGGGUCUCCUUAUAACCACAACAACUACAACAACCACAACAACAACCCUACCACCACCAACAACAACUACCACAAAACAGGUUCCGAUGGUCCUUAAAACACCCAAAAAGGCUCUAGUCGAGGUAUUCCGGCAACAUCCGACGAAGGCGAAAUCAGAGCCAACAUCGGUUGAAACCAAUUAUAUCGAACAACCAGAUUCAAUACCGGAAACAUUGUUGCACAGCGGAAAUGGAGAGAACGGAAAUACGGGAAAUGACGAUUACCAUGGUGGAGGUGGAAGUGGAAGCGCGGGUGGCUCGAAUGGCAUAAACGGCGAUAGUGGUAUCAGCAGUGCCAGCAGCAGCACCAAUAACGGCAAUGGUCGCACCAAUGCUGCCAAUGGCAGCAAACGAAAAGCGAAUGGCAACGGCAAUGGUAGUGGCAGUGGCGGUAGCAACGGGCAUCAUCGCGAAAGAACGGAACCCGAGGAGCCGACCAUUGUCAUCCUUCCGACAACGACAACGGAGCGUGUAACCACAACAGAGCCAACCACAACGUCCACCACAACAAUGAUGACCACAACGACACAAGCUCCAAGAAAUUGUGUUGCACAGCGGCCACAUCAAUCCGACCAGUUGAUUCGGGAAGGAACAAGUAAAAGGAUCUAUUCGUUGGACGACGCCGAAUGCAGUGAAUUGUGCACCUGUGGUGAAUCACUAACGUUAACGUGCCAUGCACUCUGUGUGCCAUUCGCUCCAUGUAGGACAGCGCUUGCAUUUUACAGCCAUGCUUCGCCAGCUUAUCAGGCCUUUCGAGGCAGAUGCCUUUGCUAUUCGGGGCGUUUUAUUUGUAUGAAGCCGCCGCUGGGGGAGUACACGUUACCUGGUGGAGUCUUCCUUUUACUUGGCUAUAGUUCAGCGGAUGAGGCGCUCCUGCGACCGCAUACAAAUCUCGGUGUACAGGAUGCAGUGAGAGCUCUUCAGCAAUAUGUCACCACACAUAUUGACAAUCAGACGAUGUGCACGCUGACUCUUUUCAACAUGACAGAUGAGAAUAUUAUAAUUGCAGCUCGACUACCACAUGAUGCAAAGCUGAAAGCCAUCGACCUGCUCCGAAAAGAAAAGGAGGAAUGCACGAAUAUUUUGAAGACCAUAAGUCAUCACAUAAACACCGAACACAGUGAACUACAAUCCCACCGACUGUUAAGCAUAUUCAAGAUGUCCGAAGUCGAAGUAAUAUGGCCGGAGAGUAGUAGUGCCAAUUCUCCAACAACCAUCCUAGGCAGUUGCACCCUCCUAACAUCUCUGAUGUUUUCCCUAUUGCCAUUCGUUAGCUGGACCCUUUUAAAGACAAGCUACGAAGAGACAUGACAUUAAAUUGAUUAUUCGCCAAGGACUAGAAAUAUAUCUGCGGUCGAAAAGUUCAACUAUGAAAGUAUGAAAACAGGAAGUAAGUCCGCUAUUUUAAACUAUAACUGCGUAGAAUAAGCAUUUUAGGAAUAUGUGUAGAGUAUAAGAUGAAAGACCCGUUGUAAGUAUAAUAUGUAGAAUGAUGAUAUGAUGAUUAAGAGUGCGUGAGAAUGCAUCAUAAAAUGUAUAUGUAUGUAGGUUAGGACAUCAAGAAGUUUGAAGAGGUGUAAAAUAUAAUUUAAGAGAAGUCGUAAGCAAGAAGUUGCAUUUCUCAGCAGGUGAAUAAUUUAAUGACAGAAAUGAUUGCAUCCCUAUGACAAAGGAUGUAAGGAAAGGAUUUCAACAGACAUUAAAUGGUUUUGCUUGGAAUUUUGUCUAUUGUUUUGUUAAUUUGUUAAUUAAAUGUCAUUUAAGAUUUUUGGCUCUGUCAAGGCUUAUGUGAGGAAUAUUGGUUCAUACUCAAGGAUUAUUUUCUGUCCUACUUAAAUUUGUAAAGAAAUUCAUAAAGAAUUAUUAAGUUUCAAUCUUUGUGAGAUGGAAAGGAUCACAAAUGGAAAUGGCAAAAUACAUAACCUUGAGUUGUAAAGUUUAAAAGAAAAAUAACUUUAGAAUUUUUUUAAUUCAAUUUUUCCUUACUAAAAGUUGUUACUCUCCACAACAUA